GUGGCGCCGGGCACUUUGGGAGAUGUAGUCCUGCCGCUGUCAUGUUGGCGAGAGGAGACGGAAUAGCGAGACUGCAGAUCCCAACGCGCAGCGCGGCGAUCGCCAGCCAGCAGAUGAUCUAACGGAGCGGAUCCGCGGACGGGCUGGAGCAGCGGGGCUGGAGCUGCGUGUCCGCCCAAUUUCUCACCCGCAAACCUUCCUGGCAAUUUGCUCCAUUGCAGCCCCGCCAGAACGUCAGCCAAAAGCAUCUUCCCCCCCAGCCAAUUCCCAGCCCGGUGUCAUCGCUGACAUUUCGCUCAAAUUGCAGCCCCGGAGACUGUCUGUCAAUCGUCCGAAAUUCAGCUCGGAAUCGGCGCUGCCGACCCGCUCGGAUAAAGCUCUCAAUCCGCCCGCCCGCCUGGACAGGACCAUCCGUUCAAGUAUGGUGCUCCACCUUGAGACAAAGUCCACCUCGGGCCACAGCGCCGCAGAAAGUCAUCGCCAGGAUUCGGUGCAACUGUUGAUAUUUAACUUUUUACUCAUUCUCACCAUCUUGACCAUUUUUCUGUUCAAACACCGGAGGGUCCGCUUUCUGCACGAGACCGGAGGGUCGAUGUUUUACGGCCUGAUAAUGGGACUGAUCCUCCGCUACACCAUUCCACCUUCUGAUACUGAAAACAGUAUUGUGCAUAAUUGUGAGGAUAUGACUAGUAGCCCCGGCUUUUUGCUACUCAACAUUACCGACCAGGUGUACGAGUAUACAUACAAGAGGGAGGUUGCCAAGCACAAUAUGAACAGCCGGCAAGGAAGUGAGAUACUUCGGAAGGUUACGUUUGACUCAGAAAUUUUCUUCAACGUCCUCUUGCCCCCAAUAAUAUUUUACGCUGGGUACAGUCUGAAAAAGAGACAAUUCUUCCGCAAUUUGGGCACAAUUCUCACGUACGCUUUUAUCGGCACUGCCAUCUCCUGCAUCGCGAUUGGGGGCCUUAUGUACGGCUUUGUCCUGGGGAUGAUCGAGCUUGGACAGCUGGACAAGAUGGACUUCUACUUCACCGACUGCCUAUUCUUUGGAGCUCUGAUUUCAGCCACUGACCCAGUGACGGUGCUGGCCAUUUUCCAUGAGCUCGACGUGGAUCCACAACUCUAUACGUUGCUCUUUGGGGAGAGUGUUCUCAAUGAUGCCGUCGCCAUAGUCUUGACAUACUCCAUAUCCAUCUACAGCCCAAAGGACAAUCCCCACAUGUUUGAUGCCACUGCUUUCUUUACAUCCGUUGGGAACUUUGCCUGGAUCUUUGCUGGUUCAUUUGCCAUGGGCUCAGCAUUUGGUGUUGUCACGGCUUUGAUAUCCAAAUUCACCAAACUCUGUGAGUUCCCAAUGCUGGAGACUGGGAUUUUCUUCUUGCUGUCCUGGAGUGCAUUUCUCUCCGCUGAAGCAAGUGGCCUGACAGGAAUCGUUGCUGUUCUCUUCUGUGGAAUCACUCAAGCUCACUACACCUACAAUAAUCUUUCUGAUGAAGCAAAGAUGAGGACAAAGCAGCUUUUUGAAUUUAUGAAUUUUAUGGCUGAGAACUUCAUCUUCUGUUACAUGGGAGUUGCCCUGUUCACCUACCAGAACCACAUCUUCAAUGCCCUCUUCAUUUUUGGAGCCUUUCUCGCUAUCUUUGUGGGGCGUGCUUGUAACAUAUACCCUCUGACCUUUCUGCUGAACCUGAGGCGGAAAAAGAGGAUUCCUUGGAACUUCCAACACAUGAUGAUGUUUUCAGGCUUGCGUGGUGCUAUUGCGUUUGCCCUGGCAAUCCGAGAUACCAACUCAAAGCCCAAGCAGAUGAUGUUCACCACCACCCUGAUGAUCGUGUUCUUCACUGUCUGGGUGUUUGGCGGCGGCACCACUCAAAUGCUCACGUGGCUUCACAUCAGGGUGGAUGUGAACCCAGAUGAUGAGCUCAACCUAGAAACUUUACGUGUGAGUGGCGAUGGCAUUCAAGUGAUGAACCCCACAGAAGCAGAAAGUGCCUGGAUGUUCCGGAUAUGGUACAAUUUUGACCACAAAUAUUUAAAGCCAGUUCUGACGCACGCUGGUCCACCGCUCACGACAACACUGCCCACUUGGUGUGGUCCUAUCGCUCGACUGCUGACUAGUCCCAAGGCACAGGACCAUCGGAACGAGGAUGAUGCAGAUUACAUCAUCAAUAAUGACGAACUCUCGAUCUACUUUGAAGAUAAAGCCGCUUCUGCCUCUUGCUACGAAGAGACUCAAGGAAAGGACCUUCCUGCAGAUCAACAACUGGCAGACAAGGAUAACCUCAGUGAAGGAGAGAGUCAGCCAAGAUUGGGCCUCACCUCCAGUCAGACAACGAGUGUCCCUCCCUCUUAAACCUGACUGCUUUAUUGACCCAUCGGGGGCAAUAAAUUGGAAAGGAAGAUGAAUUUUCUCUGAUAUACUUAUUGCAUUUGAACUAAUAUUAUGGUUCUUAAAUUCCUGAUUGUGAAAUUUCAGUGUGACAGGCACUAGUCUCUAUAUUAAGUUCAGGACAAGCACAAUUAUUAACUUGACCAACGCUUAGAUGGCGAAUCUAUGAAUACUUAAUGGCCGAGUGGUCAAAGGCAUUAUUCCAGUGUGAUUUAUCUCAAGAAUCCCACAUUUACAUUCAAGCCCAGUUAAAGUAAUGAGUGUGACCUAUGAAUUACUUCCAAUCCAAUGCUGUUGGAUGACCUUCUAAGCUUUGCUCUAUACUGUCUCUCAAGUAAGAUAGCACUUGGUUGUGUAUUCAUGCAGAAAUAAUUCUGAUACAACCUGCACUAUUGAAACUGAAGGAGAAUCUUUACCUUAUUGCAAAAAUUUUGAAUGUUAAUAAUUAUAAAUGUAAUAGUACUUAUCUGUAUUUUUUUAUAUAUUACUCUGACUAGUUUUAGAACCCUAGAGGUUUCAAAUACAGGUUUCUUUGAUGGUAUUGUACUUUUCUCUCUUUAAGUCUCACGGGUUUUAGUUUUGCCUUCAUUAUAUUGUCCACGUAGACAUUGAGCAAGAUUGACAACAGAAACACCUUGAAUUCAGCUACCCUGAAGCAUCAAUGAAUAAUGGCACAGAUGGGGUGCAGUAUUAAACAAUUCUGACCAGAAAGUUACUGGGCAAUUAUUAACUCAAAUGCUUGCGAGCAAGGAGAGGGAGAAAAGAUUUGCUGGAUGCCACCAAACACAUGCCAGCCUAUUGAAUCUUGCCCAAUGCAGUGCUGCAAAGUGGCACAUGUCUCUGUUCUGAUGCUGCUGAACAACAUAGCUGGCACAUGAAGAUGAGGCACAAGAAGGCUCUCCAUGCCCGGUGAACUAUACCCCAGCAAGAGUCAGUUACUUCAGAAGAAGCCAUUUAAUUUGACAGGGGUGGAAAGAGGUGGGAAUAAACCCAGUGAGGCAAACAGAAAGAGUGAACAUUUUAGCAAUAAAUUUUAAAGACUGGAGAUAAGUUUUUGAUCAAUGGAUUACAAUAAAGGCAUUUCCCUAAUAAAGCUGCUUGAGGCAAAAUCAAUUGCAAUCUUAAAACCUGCAUCGGAUAGAUUUUUGUUAGGAAGACAGUAAAGUUUACAUAAUAAGGAACGUUGAAGGGUUUAGUAGCUUUUGGCCAGUUGGACAGCUGAUCGGCUCGUUCCCAAGUAGCUUGCUUACCCUUAUAUGUUGCAUUCAGUCAAUGUGAAUGUGAAUGGCGUUUGGCAUUAAGAAUUUCAUGACAAAUGUUGUUAUGCCACAAUAAAAAUACCUCAGAGGUAAAGGUGGAACAUACACAAUUCCACACAUGGUUAAACUUAGAGAAAGCAAAUUUACUAAUAAAUUACUGGUUGCAUUAUUAGUAUAAAAGAACAGAUGGGAUUUCUAAUAUAAAUAAUAUUUUAGCUAAUCUAAUGCUAGAUAUAUUUUGAACAACAUGCAAUGCUUACUCCUCAUCAUUUCUACUUCACAUCCAUCCAUGUUGUAUGCAAAACUGUGUUUUACUCUGUUCAAGAAAAGAAUGGAUAGUUUUUUGUUUGCGGUUAGAAAGCUCUGCUCCAGAGUUUAUGGAAUUUUGUGCCUUAUACUAUCAAAUUCAAUGUACCUUAUGGAAAUGACGUUCUUUUGAUGUGAUCUAGACCGUGGUAUAUAAAAACAUCACCAUGGCAACUAAACACAUUGUUUCAUGGCUUUCUGUGGAGUUUCAAAUAUGUGCAGUUGCUACCUCUGCAUGGAUCCUACCAUUCAUGUGUUAUCUCCUCAAUGAAUCAGAUCGCUUUCAAGAA